AAAAUUUAAACUUAUGAAAACAACAAUGUUGAUGGUCUUAACACUCUUAGUGUUAGGGAAUUCUUAAUAGGUAGACAUUCACGCUAAAGAUGUCUAUUUUAUUGUUAAGGGAGUGGUAGAAGGAGUGUAAGUUGAUGAUCACGUAGAAGUCAAAGAAAUUGUGUCUUGCUUAAAUGAUUCAGAAGCUUUGAUAGAAAACAUCGUGAAGGCUAUCACAAAUUUAGAAACCUAAACGUUUGAUGGGGUCAAAGAAGGAAUUAAAUUAAUUGGAGUAGCCAUUCAAUAAAUCCCAGAUGCUAUCACUGCAUGUGAAUCUGGCUCUGAGGAAAUGGUGGCCUUGUCAAGUAUAUAUAAUUUUAAUCAAUAGAACUUCUCACAAGUAUGCUGGAACAAUUGAGAAGCCCUUGGACAUUCUCAUAUAAAAUCGGUUAUAAUUUAAUUGUUAAUGGUCUUGAUAUCUAUAAGGAAAUUAGUAAUUUCUAUAUCUAAAUUCUAGGCACCGCUAUAAAAGACUGGAAAUCAGAAAUAUAUGAAGAUUUUGGAAAACAGAUCGGAUUUGUACUGGUUUAAUUACUUAAGGAAACAAAAAAUAUCGAGGCUGUUAUACUCGAUGAUGAAGUCGUAGGAAUAAUAUUUGAGGGAUUGCUUGAUGGAAUUGUAGAUGCAAGUGGAAUCAAAGCCAAGGACAUUAAAGCUUGCCUAAAUGUUGCAGGUGGAAUUGUGAUAGAUUUUGAAAAAGCUGUUAGACUAUUGGAAGAUGGUUCUGUCUCAAGUGUCAUCUAGGCUUUAUAAUCAUUUGUAGAAGGCAUUGCUGAGUUCCCAAAGGCUCUUGAGACUUGUUAGGCUUCUUCUCAAGAAGCUGUAAAGUUGGCAGAAAAAAUCAAAGACUUAAUUGAAGCCUUAUCUAAUCCAAGUUCAUUCAUUUAUCAUAUUGGAAAAGAUUUAAUCAUCAAUGGAAAGGACAUUUACUAAGAGGUAUUCAUAUAUUUUGAUUACUUUAGAUAUUCGCAGCUGUGGAUGAUUGGAAGUAUGGAAAAUGGACUGAUUUCGGAUUCUAAUUGGGUAAAGCUAUGGAAUAAAUUUUCGUUGGACUUGAAAAAGAAAAACUAUAUUAAUUAUGAAAUAUAUAUAAUUUCAUACUAAUAAUAACAUUAUUUUUU